AUGGGGUUACCAAUGGUACAAGUAUUUAUGAUAAUGGUUAGGCAAAUGUCUAAACCACUCGCUGAAAGAAUAAUGCGUUAUGGUAAAACACAUCCAUUUUUUAGUGAAAAAAUUCUUGUACCUACUGGAAGAAAAAUUAUAUUAUGGUCAAGGAAAUUACAAUUAAAAAGAUUAGGGUUAAAACAAACUGAAGAGAUAGUUCCAGUAUCAGAAAAAGAAGCUCUUGAACAGGCUUCAGAAUUCAUUCAACAAGUAGUUAUUUUCUUAUAUACUGUUAGUGUCCUUUCUGCCUACCAUUUCUACAUAAGCAGUAAACCGUCUCCAAAAUACGUUGAAGAAGCUAAAUUUGAAGAAUCGACAGAAAAAUUGCGUCUAGAAAAUGCUACAUUGUCAAAAAAAAUUGAAAUAUUAGAAAAAAGGCUUUUGUUUUUAGGUGACAACACAAGAUUAAAUAAUAAAAAAAUGUGGGACGAAUUAUGUAAAGAUUCAAUAAAAGAUAUUAAAAUAGUUUCUUCUGAAGGGAACAAAGAUUCUACUGUUUAA